AUGGGAAUCAUAUGUCUGCAACGAAAUCCUGGGCCAAAAUACAACCUGAGCAACAUGACCCACCGCGGACCGGUCACCAUAAUCGGCGCCUCGCUGGCGUCGAAGCAAAAGAUGAUUCGUUCAGAGCGUACACCCGGGCCGGCCAAGUACAACACCGUGCCCAGCAUGUCCGUCACUAUGCCCACGAUACCAUCGUAUUUCAUAGGGAUCAGACGCGAUGAAUUGAGAAAAUCAUCACGAACGCCAGCGCCGAACGCCUACGCCUUGGCCACCACAAUCGGAAACCUGGCACCCGAUAUGCCGUCCGCGCCAGUAUAUUCGAUGUUGGGACGGCAUCCGGAACCGGGACGUGGCGUUGGUGGCAGACGGGGCACGGCGGCAUGUUAUUCGUCCCCUGGUCCGGCGCGUUAUUCGGCCGUGGACUUGGAACGGUUCAAGAUGCAGACGCCCAGGCCCGUGAUGCUCGGCCGCCUUGAAGAGAAGAUGCGCGGCAAACGGACACCGGCGCCCAACGCCUAUUUCCCUCCUCCGGGCCCAGCUUCGCCCUUCGCAAACGCCCCACAGUACACGAUUGGUGGCCGGAUGAAACGCGCAGCAAAUCCAUAUUACACAGCCGCCGAUAAAGUGCCGGACUGGGAGUGA